UUGGAAGGAAGCUUCAUGUCUACAUGGUGGAGCCUGUGAUCAAGACCAGCGUCCCCUCGCUCCUGUACCAGAUGAUCCUUUACAGCUGCCCGUCCUCCUACGACCAGUCCAGACUCAGUCCCACCACCGACUGCUUCCUCAACGGCAACUCCACCGCCCUCUUCACCGGCUGCGUCCAGGUGAUCGCCGUCUGGGGCAUCGGCACCAAACCUGGGCAGUCUCUGAUUUACCCAGAUGAGGCGGGAUUCUCACUGGGGGCGAAGGGCGAUCCCAAUUUCUAUGUCCUGCAGGUCCACUACGACAACCGAGGCAACAGGACAGCCCUCGGCGACUCCGCCACCCUCCGCUCCCCCCGCGGGGUUACUGGCCCACCCCUCCGCGCCUCUCCCCCCCCCCCGCCGGCCCUCGGCCAGGCCGCCCGUCACCGCCUCCUCGUUCCGCAGGCGUGA